GGCUGCCAACAUUGCUGCCCGAGCUUGGAGCAGCUGAAAGUUUUUUUGGCGAACCAGAUUGUGCAUGAUUCUUGGCGCACAGAGAUUGUACAGCCAUGUAUAGCUUUGUGGGCCAGGCAGCCCACCAUCGGUGGGGACUCCUUCUGGUCCUUGCCGCCGUACUUUUCGUGACAAUUGAGGCCCAGGGUUCAUCCUCAAGCAGCAGCGUCAGCUCAUCUGACUCGAAUACUUCACCGUAUCCACAAAAAUUACCUUGCAAAGACAACUCUGGUAAUAUCUAUAGUGAUGGGGAAAGUUUUGAUAUGACUGACUGUUCCUCCUGUAUUUGCAACAAUGGCACACUGAAGUGCACCUUUGAAUCAUGCCAGCCGCCAACGUGUCGAGAGCCAAAGAACUUUCCUGGUGAAUGCUGUCGUCUAUGCCCAUACAAUGUGACCGUGAAUGACGUUACACCAAGCAUCAGUGGGAGUGGUAUUGUCAGGGAGGGUCAGGCAGAGAAUGAACUCUCUGUGAAUUUGGAUGUGCUGUAUGCCAACACCAGAGAGACCACAAGUGUUACAGGCCAGGGCCUGUGGGCAACUAGAUUAUGGAUCAGCAGCGAUGAAGAUGGGUCCAGUGAACUGUCAGGCACGGUGGUGGAGCAAGCCCUGACGGAAGGUCAGCAAUCCAAGGACCUGUCCAAGGCUGGAGGGGCUACCAAUUUCUACAUCAAUGACAUCAGGUACCAAUUUGACAUGACGGGGCACACUUGCGAUGAUGCUAAGUACCUCUGCGCCAAAUUCGACAAAGGAGAAAACCCCCAGCCGGCCAAGGACUUCUUACCAUUUGCAUUUGAAGCUAGGCCAUCGGAGGAUGUGCUGACUGGCUGCACUGAAAUACAGAACUGUCAAGGAGUGACAAUCCGUGGCUUAAGGGCCAGUGGGAGAACUGACAGUCUAGUGGUAGGCCGGCAGGCGGAUGUUACCAUCGACGCCACCGCAACAUUCACUGACCAGAGCCGCGACAUCGCUGGAUCCGGGCUGUGGCGUUUGGGCAUCUUUGGAAGCAAGAAUGACGACGGCACAGGGGAGAAGUUUGACUACCAAAGCCAGACCCUGAGCGCCGCCCAUCAGGCCCGACCUUUGACCCCUGGGGGAUCCCGCGAGUUGACCUUCACCGGUGCCAAGGCCAAGUUUGAUUGGCUGUCCGUGGGCUGCAACGAUUUCAACUACCUGUGCUAUGAUUUCUCAAAGGGCCCCACGCCCAAUCCCGAUUUCUCAUUUUCAGCUCUGCCCUCAGGUGACACAAUGACUCUCUGCAAUGAGCAGGAAUGCAGAGCAGGAACCACAAUAUCCAGUACUAGCGCCCGUCUCAACAGUGGCAAGGUAGCGGAUGGCAGAACCAGCAACCCCUACUCCAUCUCCUACUCCGCCACAGGUGGCGGCACGGGCAUUGUCGGGAAUGGCAUGUGGGCGCUGAGUGCCUACGGCAGCCCCAACGCUGAUGGCUCCGGCAAGAUGCUCGGGGAGCAGAGCCAGGUCUUCACCCAGCAGCAGGCCGACAUGGACUUCCUGCCGGCUGAGAGCACCCGGCUGGACUAUGGCAAUGUGGACUUUAACUUUGACAUGACGGGCCUGACCUGCGAGGAUGUCAAGUACAUCUGCCUGAAGCUGAGGAAGGGGGAUAACCCCCAGCCUGACUUCACCCUGACCCCCGAACCCAAUGAGGAUGUCAUGAGGAGUUGUGUACCAGCAGAAUGCUCAGGAGUCAUUGCCGAUCGAUUUGACUGGAGUUACGAUGCCGGAAAUCCCAUCCCCGGUCAGCAAACACCCGUCACAUUCAAUGCCGAACUCGGCACCCGGAGUGGUAGCCGAGACCUGUCCGGCUCGGGGCUGUGGAGGAUGGGCAUGUACGGGAGCAGGAGCCCCGAUGGUGAUCCCUCGGACCGCUUCGGCUACGUCAGCCAGGCCCUGAAUCCAGAAGGGGCAUCAACAUCACUCACGGGUGGGUCCACCAUGUACAUUCGGAACCAGCAGACAGACUUUGACAUAGGCUCCAUCGGCUGCAACGAGUACGGGUACGUGUGUGCUGAGUUCACCAAGGGAAACAUGCCUGAACCAGACUUCCGAUUUGAGGUCAGUGGCCGGACUGACGUGAGCGACAACGUUCUGACAUCGUGCAAGAAACAGAAGUGCUCAGCUCGUGCUGUGUUCACCGGUUUGGAGUCCUCCAUUAGAGGAGAUGGUCCAGUCAUUGAGGAGAAGCAAGACAAUCAGUUGGUCAUGGACAUUACAGGUGUCACCGGUGAAGGGUCCACUAGAGUGUCGGGAUCCAACCUCUGGAAUGUGGGCCUGUACGGCAGCGCCAACCGUGAUGGCCGCGGCCGCAAGCUUGCUUACCAGGAGCAGGUCCUGAGCCAGCCUCAGAGGGAUCAGACCCUAGAGAUGGACGAGGACCUUCCCUUCCCCAAUACCCAAGUCAGUUUUGACAUGAGAGGGCUGCAGUGCGUAGAUGUGAAAUACCUGUGCACAGAGCUGCGCAAGAAUCGUGAUGCUGAUCCUGAUUAUACUUUUGAUGCUGAGCCAAACGAGAGGGCCCUUGUUUCCUGUACUGAGCUUGGAGAUAGAUGCAAAGGUGUGACAGUUACUGACAUGGACUGGUCUUACGAGACUGGCCAAAUGCAGUAUGGAAUGCCGACCCCCCUGUCCAUCGAUGCAACAGUGCGGACAACCCCGGAGAGCCGUGAGCUGGAGGGCACCGGGCUGUGGAAGAUGAACCUGUUCGGCAGCCGCAAUGCUGAUGGUUCUGGCCAGAGACAACCGCAGCGUACCCAGAUCCUGGAUCCCUACAACCAGGCUAAAGCCUUGCCGGCUGGGGGACCUGUUCAGUUCAAUGACGUCAACACCAGACUUGCCAUGGAGGAUCUGGGCUGCGGGGACUUCCAGUACCUCUGCUUGGAGUUUGAGAAGGGCGAUUAUGCUGACCCUCGCUAUUCAUUCCGAACAGCCGGUCCAGGAGACUCCAUCAUCAACUGUAAAUCAGUGGAUUGUGGAGGUGUGUAUGUGUCUGGUGUGGACUCAACGCUGGUUGGUGGCGAUCUGUUCGAAGGCAAACCUGCCAACUCCAUUCAGUUUGACACCCUUGUUCAGACUACUGAUGAAAGCAUCCCAAUGGUUGGCCGCAACAUGUGGCGACUAAACCUUUACGGCAGCGAGCGCCCCAAUGGACAGGGCCCACGCUACAACCCUCAAGAGCAAGUUCUGUCUGAUUACUUCAGUAGCCGGGAGCUUAUGACUCCCGGAGAAGCUCUCACCUUCCAGACUAUCAACACCGAAUAUGACAUGACAGGGGUGGACUGCAGGAGACUGAGGUACCUCUGUACUGAGUUCAGCCGCAACCCCAGCUCCUCACGGGACUUCGAGCUAACCCCCGUCCCCAACGAGAGAGUGCUCAGAGACUGUAUGGAGGUGCCUGAUGACAUGUGUAGAGGAGUUGUUAUUGACGAUAUGGACUGGAACAUGCGAGUGUUGUCCGACAAAGUUGUCUCUGGUCAGGCAUCACCGAUUAGACUCUCUGUUGACGUUGAGCCAAGAGCGUCAGCAGGCAGCGCCAGUGGUGACAGCCUUUGGCGUGUCGGUGUCUUCGGCUCCACCAGGCCUGAUGGCAAGGGCAAGCAGAUUGGACUCAGGCGGCAGAUCCUGAACCGUGAGCAAUCCAGCCGGGACCUGACGGCCGGCGAGACCCUGUCCUUCCCUGAAAUUGACACAGAGUUCGACCUGUCGGCCAUUGGCUGUGAUUCAGAGUUCCAGUACCUGUGUGUGGAGUAUGCAAAGGGUCUACGGGCUCGGCCAGACUUUAAGUUUGAGAAUGCUCGUGGUGGAGAGGUGGUGACAAGGUGUAAAGACCAAGAAUGCCGUAAAGGGGUGAAAGUUCAAGGUUUGAACGUCCUUGGCAAUGAUUACUCAGUCUUGAAAGAGAAUGAUCCCUACAACCGGGUCAUGUUUGACAUGACUGCUGUCACCACCCCCGACAGCGGUGGGGUCUAUGGUGAUAACCUGUGGGACCUCACCCUGUUUGGCAGCCAGUUCGAGAACGGUGCUGGCCGUCGCUUCAAUGAGCAGAGAGGGGCAUUCAGCAACUACCAGCGCAACAAGGAUGCCUACCCAGGGGAGGACAUCGACUUUGGCAUGGUGGACACCAACUUCAACAUGAAGGGCUUGACUUGCAACGACGUGCGCUACCUGUGCGCUGAGCUGAAUCAGGGCGCCAGACCAGACCCGCCAUUUGAGUUCACACCUGUGCCCGAUCGAAGCGUUCUCAGGAAAUGCUUUCGUCAAAAAUGUGAUGGUAUUACAAUUGACAGUACCGACUUGAGAGGGGAUGACUUUGACAUCAGUGAAGAAACCACUGAGAUCGAGUUUGAUGUCAGUGUGACCUCCAACCCCAACAGUGGUGAUGCCACCGGAGCGAACCUCUGGAGGCUGAACACCUUUGUCUCCAACUAUCCCGACGGGACAGGGACUCGCCGCAACCUGGUCAGACAGACCCUGACCCCUGAGAUGGCUAGUCGCGACCUUAGGUCAGGCUCGAGGCUGAACUUCAACAACCUGGCAGCCCGCAUCAAUAAGGAGGAUCUGCCUUGUGAAGAAGGGGGUGGAUAUUUGUGUGUUGAGCUUUCCAAGGGGGAUACAUCCACUCUUGAUUUCACAUUGGCGGGAUCACGGGAAGGUGCCUUGAAGAAGUGUCGAAAACUAAAUUGUGUCAAGGCUGUCAAGCCCGAAAAAGGACAAAGGGGAGACAAGGGAUAUCCAGGAGAACCAGCUCGUGUACCUGAUUUUCCCAUGGCUGGUCCUCCCGGCCUACCAGGUGUUGCUGGACCACCAGGAUUUAGCGGCGAUAAAGGUUACCCUGGCCGUAUGGGACCAAGUGGUCUCAAGGGACAAAGAGGUGAUCCUGGACUACAGGGAUAUAACGGAGUGGAAGGUCCCCCCGGACCCCCUGGACCCCCUGGCGAGGCGCUCGCCCCAACUUAUCAGCAAGGAUAUUAUGCCGGCAAGGGACCAGGUUACGGAUAUGCGGCUGGAGGAUAUGCACCACAACAACUCAUCCAAGGACCACCAGGACCCCCCGGAGCUCCGGGAGCCCCAGGACAACGUGGUGCUCAAGGACUCCAGGGUGUUCAGGGAGACACUGGAAGUGUUGGUUCACCUGGACCUUCAGGACCACCAGGACCACGAGGUGAAGAUGGUGAUGACGGCAGAGACGGAAGUGACGGUAGCUCUGGUCCAAUCGGCCCUGCUGGAGCAAUUGGAAGACGGGGUCCCACUGGCUACCCAGGAAGACCAGGCGCCCAAGGACACAAGGGAUGGAGAGGUGCUCGCGGCCGCAAGGGAGCACGUGGUGACACUGGUGAGGUUGGUGACGGCGGGGCCAGUGGAGCAGCUGGAGCCGCUGGAGCCGCUGGAGCACGAGGUGAGCGCGGAGUUCAAGGAGAGAGAGGGGAGCGUGGAUCUCGUGGAGUUGCUGGAGUCCGAGGACAAGACGGCAGUGAUGGUGAUAUUGGAAAUGCUGGACCCCAAGGAGCCACUGGACCAAUGGGCGCUAUGGGAGCAUCUGGUGCCAAGGGAGAUGCAGGACCUCAGGGUGAUCAGGGCAUCCAAGGCAUCCAAGGUCAGGCUGGUGAGAGCGGCUCUGAUGGCGCCCCUGGUGCAACCGGUGCUAAUGGAAAUGAUGGACAGGAUGGUGCUGCUGGGGCAAUCGGUGAUGUGGGCGGUGCUGGUGGCCCUGGCCCUGUUGGUGCACCUGGAGCUAGGGGACCUGCUGGUGCCCGUGGAGCCACUGGACCCGGCGGUGAGCCUGGUGGCCAAGGCUACCCUGGACUGGCCGGAUCUCGUGGUGCUGACGGUGCUCGUGGUGUGACUGGGGCAGCCGGAAUUCGUGGUGAACCUGGUCCCGACGGCAGUGAAGGUGGUGAUGGUCCUGAUGGUCCUGCUGGUUCUGCUGGUCCCCGUGGACCUGCUGGUGCCCGUGGAGGUAUCGGCCCUGGUGGACCUCUUGGGCCAAGUGGUGCCAUUGGUAUACGAGGUGAUGUUGGACCACAAGGGGCAAGAGGUGCUCCUGGAGAGAAGGGAGAUGCGGGUGCUCAAGGACGUACCGGUGAUGCUGGCGCACCUGGACAAAGGGGUUCUGCUGGAUCCAAUGGACGUUCAGGAAAUGACGGCAAGCCAGGACCAGCUGGACCUGGUGGAAGUGAUGGAAGACCAGGACCCCCCGGCCCAAGUGGAUUACAAGGAGCUAGAGGCGCCGUAGGUCUAGCUGGAGCCCCAGGAGCAGGCGGAGAAGAAGGGAGGACCGGACCUGCAGGAGCCACUGGACCAAGAGGCGCUGCUGGUACCCCUGGAGAUAUUGGACCUCAGGGCCCAGCUGGACCUGCUGGAGCUCAGGGUGCGCGUGGAGAUGCCGGACCACAGGGAGGUAUCGGACCUGGAGGAACCAACGGUGGAGUUGGAGCACCAGGUCCACGUGGAGCCCAGGGCAAACGCGGUGCUACCGGUGUAGCUGGACCCCCAGGACAGGGUGGACCACAGGGAAUGGCUGGUGACCGUGGUGCUCAAGGACCAAUGGGCUUGGCUGGACCUACAGGACCAGAUGGCGACGCUGGAGCUGAUGGACGUGAUGGACGCGAUGGAGAACCAGGUGACAAGGGAGCUGCUGGUGAUGUUGGACGCCUUGGAAUCCCAGGCCUCCCUGGAGCCCCAGGAGACCGCGGUGGUGUUGGAGCCAUUGGAAAUGUGGGAGCGCCUGGUGCCAAAGGAGCAACUGGUAAGCGUGGACCAUCCGGAAGUCCAGGAUCUAGAGGUCCCUCUGGUCCCCCAGGACAACCAGGAUCCCAAGGUCUGAGGGGUGAACCUGGAGGUACUGGGCGAUCUGGAGCUACUGGUCCCCAAGGAUCUAAAGGGAACCCUGGUGAGAGAGGGAGACAAGGUGAUCGCGGAGCCCAAGGUAUCCCAGGAGGACAGGGACCACAAGGAGCAGAAGGAGCUCGUGGAGAGAAGGGACCCAAAGGAAAUCCUGGUGAUCAAGGAGUCCAGGGAUCAGUGGGUGCUCCAGGCCGUACUGGCGCUCCUGGAGCCACAGGAGCCCAAGGAAGCCGCGGAGAUGUCGGUGAACAAGGAGCAGUGGGAGCAGGAGGACCUUCUGGGCCCAUAGGUAUGCCCGGAGCCACUGGUGCCCCUGGAUCGAGAGGAGAAGUUGGACCCCCAGGACCCAGUGGCAAGCUUGGAGCUCCGGGUCAACGUGGUGAGACUGGUUCUUCAGGCCCAGCAGGUAUCCGUGGUGCUGCAGGACCCCAAGGACCUUCCGGUGCACGUGGUGACGACGGCAGGAAUGGAGCUGAUGGAGCUCCCGGCCCUGCUGGACCACAAGGCCCAUCUGGUAUCAUCGGAGAAAUUGGUGGCAUGGGAGGAAUGGGAGCCCCAGGACCAACUGGCCCUGCUGGACGCCCUGGUGCUGAUGGAGCUCCAGGUAAACGUGGAUCUCCUGGAUCAGACGGUGCUCCUGGAUCCUCAGGAGUCCAGGGUCCCAAGGGACCACGCGGAUCCACCGGAUCUGACGGCAGAGACGGUUCAGACGGAGCUCCUGGCGCUAAGGGAGGAAAAGGACCUCAAGGUGACAAGGGACCUCAAGGACCCCAGGGACCUGCUGGAAGUGCCGGAAUGCCUGGCCGACAAGGACCAAGCGGUGGUCCAGGUGAGCGUGGAGCUCGUGGACCCGCUGGACCCGCUGGAUCAAGAGGCAGCCAGGGACCUGACGGUGACAUGGGACCGGCUGGACCUGCUGGACCCGCAGGAGCCCGCGGAGAGACAGGUGCAACUGGCGCCCAGGGCCACAAGGGAUGGGGAGGUGCUCCCGGAGCCCCAGGACCCCAGGGACCCAAAGGCUCUACUGGAGCUCCUGGUGAGAACGGACGGCCUGGACCUGCAGGACCUGCUGGUAUUGAUGGUGCUCGUGGUAGAAAUGGAAGGGAUGGUGCACAAGGCCCCCGUGGAAUGACUGGACCAGCAGGCCAACGUGGUCCUUCUGGAAGGUCUGGACCAGCUGGACCCCCAGGACCCCCAGGACCUGCCGGAGCACCUGGAGCUCUCAGCUAUUCAGGAUAUGCCUAUUCUGGUUCGUAUGCCACUUCUCAAGUCGACAAGGGACCCAACCCAUACGCUGGCUAUUAUGGAGACGAUGCCACCAUUGAAGAGGAUGACUACGAGGCCCGCAUUAUCCAGCUUAGGAACCGCAUCGAGAGGUUGUUGCUACCCAACGGUGAGCCAGAGUAUCCAGCCCGCUCCUGCAAGGAUCUCUUCAGGUGCCACCCCAUACUCCCAAGUGGUUACUACACUCUUGACCCAAGUGAGGGAUCCCACUAUGACAAAUUUGUUGCCUACUGUGACAAGAAGACCAACGCCACCUGCAUCCACCCAGAUAACAAGAAGAUUCCUUUUGGCACCUAUUACCUUGGCGAGAUUGAGGAACCAAUUGACUUCUCUGAAAUGAAAAAUGGCUCAAUGAUCAGUUACAGCGUCAAGCCCGUCCAGCUGACCCUCCUGCGACUCAUCUACUCCCAGGCCAAGCAGAACCUCACCUAUCACUGCAGGAAUUCCCACGCCGUGGCCAACAAAUUCGGUAGCACGGCGAAAGCUCUGACCCUAGUGGGACCCAACGACGUGCGAAUGAACAUCAAGAACACCCGGAAAGACUUGCAGUAUGAAGUGGAAGGAGAAGACGGGUGUCAGGUACAUGACAACACCUGGGGAAAGACCACUGUCUCCGUCACUACAAAGAAAACCGAACGUCUACCCUUGGUUGACUUUGCCGUGUCAGACGUGGGCAGAGCCAAGCAACAAUUUGGGGUGGAAGUCGGCCCUGUCUGCUUCUCGUAGAUGGACAUCCACCACCAAGUGCUGACUCCAUAAUAGUGUAGAGUUUAAAUCACAGCAUUAAUGCAUAGGGAAGUCUUUAUUUACAAAAAAACAAACCCUGCCUGUAGGAAAUUAGUAACCUCUCACUAUUGUGAUGGAGUCGCACUUUUUGAGAAAACAAUUUGCUUUUUAAAAAAAAUUGACAAACGAGUGAGGUUUUUGACUGAUGGUGCUUUUCUUAUAUCAUUAAUUAAAAAAUAAUGAAGAACUUUUUUGAAGGUAUUCGUGUUUUGUGAAGAAAAUUUCACGUCGGGCAACAGCAACUUGUGUUUUGUGAACCUCCUGUGCCCUGUUUAUUUUCUUCUGAAAAGAAAAAACCGAAAAAAACUGGUGCUAGAAUCCCUCGGCAGACAGGCUGGCAAAUGUAGCUUAGACUGUGAAUGCUUGGGGGUGGUCCCUGAAUAGAUAAUAGAAACUGUGUGCGUGUCUCUCUCUCCCGUGUGUGUUUCUUUUGUGUUCCUAGUUGUGUCUUUGCUUCCUCAAAAGGCAGUCGGAAGUCUCUGGUUGGGAAGGUUUCACUGGUUCCAUCUAGAAAAACUUCAAGACAUCAAAUGAACCGCAACUGAAGUUGUUGAGUAAUCUCAACACAUAUGCACGUGUCAUUCAGGUCACUGCAUUUAAACCUCAAAUUAAACAUUUCAUUUAGCACAGCAUUGUCAUUAACAAAAGCACUUUUUUGUGUAAACAUACCCUAUUUUUCCAGCUUGGGGUAAUACAAAGUACAUGGUCUUUGGCUUUGAAAGGUCCCUAACUGCUCAGCUCAGCGUUAAGUGAGUUUUUGAAUUUCAUUGCUGCUUUCUGUGUUUUUUCUUUCUUUCAUUGUUUUAUAUAGUCAGAAUAAAGCUUCCCUAUGAUAAAAAAAAA